AUGACACUACUCAUGACCAGGAACGGGUUGUCACCUUUCCUCAACAGUCUGGAUGAAGUUGGAAGCAUCAAUAAUGAAGUAGAGGCAGUUGCCUUUCGUGGCAUGGCAAUUGCAGAAAGCCUGCAGACAGUCAGAAGCAAUUUGGCCAACAUUUCCAAGACUCAACAACAAGAACAACUGCAGCACAUUGACUUGGAUACACUUUGUCCAUCACUGAACAACUCAUCUUUUAACGACACCAACUCGUCCAUGCCGGCAUUGCCACCCAUUACUACAAUCCACCAAUACAUUGAUACUGGUCUGAACGAAGUAAAGACCUUCAUUGACUAUUAUGUCCCAAUCAGUAGUGGCCAUUGGAGAAAUCGGCCUAGAUUAUGA